AUGACCAGAGUCUACAAUGACCCGGAUGCACUCACUAAGCUUCUGGAGGAGAAGGAGAGGGACCUCGAGCUAGCGGCACGAAUCGGUCAGACGCUGCUGGACCAGAAUCAGAGCCAAAAUGAGCGGAUCAACGAACUGGAGGCCGAGCUCAGUCAGGCGAAGGAUAAGAUCAUCCAGCUGCGCCAUGAGAUCUCCUCGAAGAAGGACCUGCUGCAGAUCUACCUCAAGGACGAGGAGGAGGCGGAGGAGGAGGAGGAGGAGUACGAAGAUGACGACGACGGCAUGCUGCACUUUAGCUCGCUGCAGUACGAGGCCUUGGACCAGGGCCGAUCCUCGCCGUCGCUGUCAAAGCGGUCAUCCAGUCGGAAUGCUCAGCUGAUGGUGAGCAAGCUCGAGCGGCGCGUGGGUACACUUGAGACGGAGAAUAGGAAGCUGAAGAGUGAGACGCUGUCAAGGGCGAGCGAACUGGAGGAUGAGGAGCGCAAGGAGUUGGCGCUCAUUGAUGAGUGCGCCAGACGGCUCACUUCAACGAACAAACAGGUGGCCACCCUGCAGGAGGACCUGAGCCGGCGCACCGAGGAGACGGUGAAGCAGGCGGCGGAGAUCAGUCUGCUCACCAGUCAGGUGGCCAGUCUGGAGAAGACCAUUCGCACGCUGACCACGGAGAAUGAGGAGCUGGAGUCGGCGCUCAGCCUCGCCCACGAGUGCCAGUCGGAGCUGUCGCUGGAGCUGAUUGACCUGAAGGAGAAACAGGCGAAUCUGCUGGCGGCCUUCCACGAGAAGCAGGAGGAGUGCAGGGAGCUGGCCGCCAGAAGACGGUCCACGCUCAGUGACCUCCUGCCGUACGUCGACUCGCUCGCCUAUGAACUGGAGCAGUCCUCCUCUUCUCCAAGCAGUAGUAGUGCUCAUUUUCAUCAUGAGCACCACCACCCUUUGCACGGCGCCAAUCUGGUCUCCAACCUCGAUGAGAUGCUCUGCGAUGAGCACGAGUACGAUCCGGCGAUGGGCGGUUUCGACGGUCACCACAGCGCACACCACCACCACCACCUUCACCACCAGUGCCCGACGCCUGAUUCGUUGCUGUCAAAUGACUCCUUCUACACUAGCUCACCCUUUACCUCAUUUAGCGGACCAUCGACGUCGGCUGAGCAACAGCAACAGCCGACAAGCUCACAACCGCAGUCACAGCAGUCAUCUUCCGAUGCCAUCAUCACCCCCGCCUCAACGACCACCCUCACCUCUUCAACCUCGCCAUCACCAUCACCCUCAUCACCCUCAUUAACUGCAGAAAAUUCGACCACCAGCACGUCCUCCACUCGGCCCUUCAAACACCGGCACCACUUUUUGACGGACAAACUGCGGUAUGUGAAGCCGCUGGAGGGCUCGCAGACGCUCCAUCAGUGGCGGCGGCUGGCGUCGCCCAACCUGAACAACCUCUUUGAGGAGAGGGAAACCAAAGGGUACUUCUCACGCAUCAAGGCCAACCUGGCCGCCGCUGAGGUGGCCCUCUACGCGGCCACCUCCAAAGACCGACUGCCAGCACCUUCUUCAUUGUCGUCCUCAUCCGAAGCACACUCAUCAGGAACAAGUGCACCACCACCGACCAUUUCCAUUACCCUCGCGGGGAGCAGCAGUCCGACUCAAAGUAGGGCGACACUACAUCCCAAGCAUCAUCAGCCCUCCCUCAUGGGCGCCAACUUUGUCACCACAAACUCUGUGUUCACCUUCACCACCACCUCCGUCUCGCAGACGCGGGAAUCGGUCACCCACGUGACGAGCACCUACAGCAGCGUUCAGCCGUCCACGGGCAAGGGCAAUAGCAGUCUGCCAUUGUCGCAUUGUCACCGUUCAGCCCACACAACUGCUGGAGGAGCACAGUCCUCGGUCACAGUCGCAACAAUCGCCGGUCAGCCAUCCUCUAAGGUACGUAUAUGGUAA